AUGGGUUUGUUGCAGCCUAUACCCCAAACCAGGCAGAACCCAGCGCCGCCCUCUUAUAGAGCUGGUACACAAUGUGCCUACCAUUCAGGUGCAGAAGGGCAUGAUACAAAUGACUGUUGGACCCUGAAGAGGGCUGUGGAAAAUCUGAUAGAACAAAAGAGAAUAGUGCUAAAGGACGAAGACGUUCCUAAUGUAACCAACAAUCCAUUACCGGCUCACAACAACGGGCCAAUUAUUGGAAUGAUCUGUGAAGACAGAGAGUUUGACCCAGCUCUAAAAGCCAUCAUUGCCAUACCCGAUGUGGAAAAGAAGCCAAAAGCUGUCGUGAAACAAGACAAGGGGGAGAAAAGGAGCAAAUCUAUCCCCCAGAAUACAGAAAAGAAAGUGGAAGCUGAAACUGGGGCAGCGCCCUCCAAAGAUGUCGUUCUCUAUGUUCCUCGGGGCCCCAAGAAAGAACAGAUGUCAUUGAGUCCUUCUAGAAGGUUUGAGCUAAACAAGAGAGCUAAAAUGUAUGUGCCUAGAGGGACCUACGUGGUACGGGGGCCGAUAACUCCACUAAGGCUGAAUGAGCCCGUGGUUAUUGGCCGCGCACCGCAAAGGACCAUGACAAAUCCCAUUGUCGUUCCAUGGAACUAUAACAAAGCAGUAGUAACUUACAAAGGCAAAAAGAUCUCGGGAGAAGUUAAGGAAAAUAACCCGGCUGAAAAGUACCUCAAUCUGGAGGAAGUGAAUAAUGCCACAAAGAAGCGUUUCCCACCUAAGAAGCUAGUGAGUGCUGAAGAAGCAGAAGCAUUCUUCCAGAAAAUGAAAAUGGCAGACUACGAGGUAAUCGACCAGCUCCGAAAAAUAGUUGGAGAGGAUGGCAGAGAGGUUUUUGCAGUCAAUCAAAUCUCUUUCAGCAAGAAUGAUUUGCCCCCGGAAGGGGCUGCACACAACAAAGCCCUCCACCUGACAGUUAAAUACGAAGGUUAUUAUGUGAAAAGGGUCAUGCUAGAUGGUGGUUCUGGGGUAGAUAUUUGCCCACUCUCAACUCUGCAACGUAUGGAAAUCGGUACUGAGAGAAUCAGACCCAACAACGUCUGUGUGCAUGCCUUUGACGGCAUAAAGAGAGAUACAAUAGGCGAGACUAUCGGCCCGGUGGACUUCGAGGUGACCUUUCAGGUCUUAGACUUGGAUAUUUCCUAUAAUUUCCUCUUGGGAAGGUCGUUGAUUCACGCAGCAGGGGCUGUGCCUUCUACUCUCCACCAGAUGGUGAAAUUCAAACAUGAAGAUCAGGAGAUUGUAGUUCACGAGGAAGAUGAGCAAUCGAUUUAUCGGGGCCCGUCAGUCCCUUGUCUUGAAGCUAGAGAAAGAAGUGAGCAUAUAGUCUAUCAAGCUUUUGAGGUUGUAGUCGCUGACCAAUGUGAGGAAGGAAACCCUUGCCCUCAACCCUUUCUCUCAAAUGCAUCAAUUAUGGUUGCCAAAGAAAUGAUCAGACAUGGUUACAAACCCGGGAAGGGGCUCGGGAAGUCAUUGCAAGAAAUCGCCAAACCUAUCACCCUGGCUGCUAGUGAGAAGUUCUUUAGGGUAGGUUUCCAACCCACAUCGUCUGAUGGAAAAUGGGCGGAUGAAAGAAAGAAUAAUGGUUGGGUCUUGUCUCAGCCAAUUCCGCAUCUUUAUAGGACAUUUGUCAAGCCUAAGUACAAUGAGGAAGAGGAAGAUGAGACGUAUAUGGUGGAAGUGGAGAGCAUUCGCAGGGCCAAGAUUUUCUUGAAGAUGUUGGAUAAAUAUUGUCGUUACCGCAACAAGUGUUGCGAGAUGCAUGAGCGGCUGAAGGCAAACCCCGGUAGUCGGGCUCUUGGUACGGAGUCAGAGAAACGUGACCAGGAAUUAAUGCAGGCUAUCCGCAGCAAGAGUGUGCUUGAGGAGCAACUUCAAAUAAAGAACGAGGAGCUCGAGUUGGGCAAGGGAGUUGCCAUAGAGUGCGAGCAUCUGCAGGAGAAAUUGAGGUCAAUGCAGUCAGAGAUGGAUCGGAACUUGAUCAAGGUCGAGGCACUGAGCGCGGAAUAG